GAUCAGUUACAUCACAGGCGUAUUACUAAAACAUCUCACUUCACUUCGUGACCUCUUCACCAAAACUUUAACCAAGAUGUCCGCGCCGCCCAUUCCCAAGCUCCCUGGCUACACAGUAUGCAUGCCUCAAUCGCUGAGCGACAAGGGGUUCAAGAAGCACCAAACCCUUAACUAUUUGAAUGGGUAUCAGAGGGAAGAGACUUUGGCGGUUGUUAAGGAGUUGCCGGAGCGUGUCGCUACGGAUGCCGUUGCUGGGACCUCCUCGGCCACCCUGCCCGCAAGCAUGCUGGCGCCGGAUGCUGCCAGCAAGCUACCGCAGUGGGUGGAGAACGAUCGCAAGGUCUUGCGCUUCUUCGGUUAUUUCAAGGAGUCUGUGGUUGAGAGCAACAUGGAGAAUCAUCGUAUCCGCAAGGUUAUCCUCUACUACUAUCUCGAGGACGACACCAUGCACGUUGCCGAGCCGCGACAGGACAACAGCGGCAUUCCACAGGGCGUUUUCAUUAAGCGCCACCGCGUGACCUGCGAGGACGGCGGCUUUUUUAACCCGGAUGACUUCAGCGUCGGUCAGAGUGUCACUAUCUAUGGCCGUACGUUCUUCCUUGUGGACGCUGAUAACUUCACGCGCGAGUACCUAGCUGGCAAGGGCAAGGAGCAGGGUGCUGCGCUGCCGUAUCCUGACGAUCCCGUGGAUGGCUACCGCACUGCCUUCGGGAUGAACCGUGGGCGCGCUGACGACACGACCGCUGGCACGCUGACCCGGCGCAUGAAUGACUUCAAGGCGUACGUGGAGGCACGCCUAGGCAAGCCCAGCCAUUUGCUGGACGGAGACCGGUUGCGCCAGUUCCUGGAGAAUAACAAGAAGGUGCUCCGCUUCUGGUGCGUCUGGGAUGAGCGCCAGUCAAUGUAUGGCGACCGCCGGCCAUACGUUCUUCAUUACUUCCUGGAGGAUGACACGGUGGAGAUCUUGGAAAUCAAUGAGAGCAACAGCGGCCGCGAUCCUUUCCCCGUGUUCCUGAAGCGCGGCCCACUGCCGAAGGUGCCUGUGAAGACGAACACCACGCUUAACCCCAAAUACCGUAAGGACCAAUGCUACUCGCCUGGCGACUUCCGCCUUGGCACCUUCAUCUCUGUGCUUGGCCGCGACUUUUACCUGCACGAUGCCGACACAUUCACAAAGAACUGGUACAAGGAUAACCUGGGCUUCGGUGACGAAGAGAUGACGCCGGUGGAUAUCAAGGAACCCAUCCUGCCCAAGCCCAAGGCUGCACUGCCACCGUACAACGGCUAUGGCACGCUAGAGGACAGCUUGCAGAACUGCCUCAGCCUAGUUCCCAAGCCGCCAAAGCGUGACCUGCACAAGCUCAUGAACAAGGACAAGAUCAUCCUGCGCUUCGUUGUCAAGAUGGUUGACACCGAGACGCACAAACAUUCGGGUACCGAUCUCGCGCGGCGCUUCAUCCUGUCGUACUUUAUGAUGGACGACACAUUGCUCAUCUUUGAGCCGCCAGUGCGCAACACGGGUAUUGCAGGCGGCAAAUUCCUGGAGCGCCAGCGGAUCUACAAGCCACGCAGUGAGGAAAUCUAUACGUAUCUGGACCUGUAUGUGGGCAGCGUUAUUGAAGUAUUCAACCGCAGCUUUGAGCUGCUGGAGGCGGAUGAGUAUACGCUCACGUACAUGGAGAACUACAAGGACAUUUUCGUAAUGGCGGACACAGAUGUGAUGGUCCGGUCGCUGAACGCACAAGUCAGCGGCAAGGAAGAUGCCGUGCGGGCAGCGCUCAUCGCCGCGGACAAGGCAGGCACAGGUGCUCUAGGUGGUGAGGACUUGGAGGCGGGCCUGCUGGCGGCCGGUCUCAAAUUCACGCGGCACCAGGCAAUUAGCCUCAAGCGGCGCUUGGACAAGAACAAGACGGGGACAAUUAGCAUUGAGGAGUUCCUGGGGCUCUUGGGGAUUUGAGGGGAACGUGUCUGGUUUAUAUGACCCUGCCACAGGUGAACGGGGAUAUCAGGACAAGCGCAUAGCCGUCAAUGCAUUGAGCUGCAGGUUUGGACUGGGACAUAAACAGUGGUGGCCUGUAGGCAGCUGGGUUGAGGCCCUUUAUCGCACUGAGCGUUAGCCUUCCGUUCCUGUGCUGUUCACGCUGUGGAUGGGGGACGUAUUGGGGGACCGUUGGGGACCGAUGAGUACAUAGUAUGUGAGGAAGGUAUGCGGUCGCGAUAACCAUCCAUGAAACUCGUCAUAUACCCGACAUUUCCUGACUUUCUUGGCGAUGCUAGGGUAUCUUGACAGGUCGCGACCUGGGAACCUUAUGUGGCGCAUGGGACUUUGCUUGGAGCCGCAGUGACUUACGAAACGACUUGACUGCAUCCGCUACGAUAACUCAUGUGUAUGAUAGGUCAGGCGGUAGGCAGGCUAGGCAAUAACUGACACAUAGGCAGGAUGUAUAUAGGUAGGCAAGUAUAUUCAUGUUCAAUGUGACGGUAGCGAUGGGACGAAAGUGCCUUAAGCUGUGUGCGUUCCCACAGGAAUUUAGUGAACGAGUGAAGGUGGCUGGGUAAUUACUGUAGGUUAGGACAUAGUUGACUCAGGCUUACCUCGUGCCGUCAUGCACGGACGACCACGGACGGAUCAGACGGCAUGGAAGUAGCGCCCAACCAUUCUGUGGUUAGGGGCCGUUUGUAAGAUGCGGCUCGGCCGCUUGCUUUGAAGUUGACCUUGACUACAAGCCGUAUGCAAAGCUGAGCUC